AUGUCUAUCCGUUCGCUUCUCAGCUUUGGCUUGUUGGCAGCUCCUCUGGUGUCUGCUCUGCCCGCUGCGGACUACAAGUCGACCUCCUCUGCCUCCAACACUGUCCAGACCACAACUUUGUUGGCAACCGCUACUGGCAAGAAAGGCCUGAACGACUACGCCAAGAAGGCCGGAAAGCUCUACUUCGGUACUGCUGCGGACGUGCCUGGCACCAACGAAACAACUGACAAGUACUACCGCGCCGAACUUGCCAACAGAGAUGAUUGGGGCCAAGUCACACCUGCUAACGCCAUGAAGUGGGUCUUCACAGAGCCUGAGCAGGGUGUCUUUAACUACACCGAGGCGGAGACCUUCCUUGCGGAUGCUGCACCUCCUGGCAGACUUGUCAGAUGCCACAACCUGAACUGGUACAACCAGCUUCCCAACUGGCUCACUUCGGGCACAUGGGGAAAGGCAAAUCUGACCGCAGUGCUCGAGAACCACGUCACCAACCUCGUCAAGCACUUCGGAGACCGUUGCUACGCCUGGGAUGUCGUCAACGAGGCUUUGAGCGAUAGCGGCACCGGCAACUUGGCCGACAACUCCACCUGGAGAUCUGACAUCUGGUUCAACACCAUCGGUCCCGAGUAUGUUGCUAUUGCCUUCAAAGCUGCGGAAGCUGCUGUCAAGGCCAACAAGCUCUCCGUAAAGUUGUACUAUAACGACUACAACAUUGAGAGCGCUGGAAACAAGUCCACAGCAGCACAAGCACUCGUCAAGAGUCUCAAGGAUGCCAAAAUCCAGAUCGACGGUGUUGGUCUGCAGUCCCACUUCAUCGUUGGAGAAACCCCUUCUAGGGCCGCUCAAUCCGCCAACAUGCAAGCAUUUGCUUCCCUCAACGUCGACGUUGCGAUCACCGAGCUCGACAUCAGGGCAGAAGUGCCUCCCACUGCUGCAGCUCAGCAGCAGCAGGUCCUCGACUAUGAGAGUUCUGUUGGCGCAUGCGCAGAUGUGGACGCUUGUGUCGGAAUCACUGCCUGGGACUUUGAUGAUUCAUACAGUUGGAUCCCUUCGACUUUCCCUGGCCAAGGAUACGGUGAUCUCUUCUUCCAGCCUGGAGGGUACAACACACCCCUGGUCCGCAAGGCCGCCUACGAUGGUUGCAUCGACGUAAGUCCAAAUCUACAUUCUCAGAUUGUCAGUAUGCUAACAAUCGCAACAGGGUCUCACCAGCUAAGCUCGGAAUAUUGUCAAACCAAUCAGAGCGGCUGA